CUCGACUCGUCUACAAGCUUUCCACAUUCCCCAGUGUACCAUGACUACUACUACAGCCACCUCAGGCAAGCAACUUUUUCGCUCCUUCCAUACAGAAUCUUCAAAUGAAGAGAACGCUCGUCUUUUGACUGCGGACCCUAAAACUGUUGAUUAUGAGCUUAUCUACUUCAAGAUCUCAUGCUUGGCAGCUACGGCGCGUCAUCUUUUUGCAUUUGGCAAGAUCAACUGGAAGAAUAGCUUCCCAACUGACUGGGACGAGGAAAAAUACGAUUCACCAUUCGGUCUUACACCAUUGCUGCACAUCAGGUCGCAGGGAAAGGAGUUAACCCUGACGGAAUCUAUUGUGAUUGAUUUCUAUCUGGCGAAAAAGUUUGAUCUUCUUGGCUCAAAUGAGUAUGAGGAGCACGUUAUCAAGGCCUUUUACAGCUCGAUCCACGCUCUUCGUGAUCGCUCCCUUCGGUGCAUGACAUGGACCUAUGCAGACAAGCGUAAGGAGGCUUUCGAGACAUGGACGACUGAAAACAUUCCUCGCUGGAUCAAGAUCAAGGAGCAACAUCUUGAACGCAACGGCUCCAAUGGCCACUUUUUUGGGGAGAAGCUCUCCCUGGCGGACAUCCACCUAGUCAGUGUUAUCGAUCAUUUUGCAGAGCUCCCCAGGGGCGAAGAGAUUGUAGCACUCUUCCGCGCAUCCCCAUUGCUCUGGAAGGUUCAUGAGACUGUCCUGGCGAACCCCGAUAUUGCCGCUUGGAGGGAAUCAGAUGAGUUUAAAGAGAUCGUCAAAGGUGGCAAGAUCGUUUAUGCCAAGUCUAGAUUCUAAUUUAAUUGCUUAGUCGUGUAUUGUAAAAAUUAAAGCAUCGUGAUUUUACCACGGUUGGUGG